AGUUUUGCAGGUUUUGUUCUACUGAUAUCCGGGUCGUGUAGACACCGUUUUCAAGCUCAUCAUGGAUCAAUUUGGUAAUAAAGUCAUUGUUUGCGACAACGGCACCGGGUUUGUCAAGUGUGGUUAUGCCGGUAACAAUUUCCCGACCCACAUCUUCCCAUCUAUGGUUGGUCGCCCCAUCCUUCGAGCAAGCGAAAAGAUUGGUGACAUAGAAGUCAAGGACUUGAUGGUUGGAGAAGAGGCGAGUCACUUGAGGUCGAUGCUUGAGAUCAGCUACCCAAUGGAAAAUGGAAUCGUCCGUGAUUGGGACGACAUGUUGGUGUUGUGGGACUACACGUUUGGGCCAGACAAAAUGAACAUCGAUCCACGUGGAUGCAAGAUUAUGCUCACUGAACCUCCUAUGAAUCCGAUGAGAAAUCGUGAGAGGAUGAUCGAGACCAUGUUCGAAAAAUACGAGUUCGAAGGCGUUUAUAUCGCUAUUCAAGCUGUGCUGACUUUAUAUGCUCAAGGAUUGCUUACUGGAGUGGUUAUUGACUCAGGGGAUGGUGUGACACACAUUUGCCCUGUCUACGAUGGAGUUGCAAUGCCGCAUUGUACGAGGCGAAUGGAUAUAGCAGGAAGAGAUAUCACACGGUAUCUCAUCAAACUGCUGCUAUUGCGAGGCUAUGCCUUCAAUCAUACCGCAGACUUCGAGACUGUGAGAAUCAUGAAGGAAAAGCUGUGUUAUACAGCCUACAACGUCGAAGAAGAGCAAAAACUUGCACUGGAAACAACGGUACUCGUGAAGCCGUACACUUUACCGGACGGUAGAGUUAUUCGAGUUGGUGCUGAACGUUUCGAAGCUCCGGAAGCCCUUUUUCAGCCACAUUUGAUCAAUGUCGAAGGACAAGGUAUCGCAGAGAUGGUUUUUGGAUCCAUCCAAGCCGCGGAUAUCGAUGUCAGGAGUGAGCUUUUUAAGCACAUAGUGCUGUCCGGUGGCUCUACUAUGUAUCCUGGCCUACCUUCAAGACUGGAGCGAGAAUUGAAGCAACUGUAUGUGGAACGAGUUUUGAAGGGCGACGUGGAGAAACUUGCAAAAUUUAAGAUCAGGAUCGAAGAUCCUCCGCAUCGAAAAGACAUGGUUUUCAACGGAGGAGCUGUUCUAGCGAAUGUCAUGAAGAAUAGAGACGACUUUUGGCUUUCGAGAAAAGACUAUUUAGAGAAGGGUAUGAAAAUUCUGGAGAAGCUCGGAGGACGCGGUUAAAACCGCUUGAAAACAAAACAAAAAAUGUUGAUCGAUCAUCUUGAUGACGGUCAACGCCAUUUGAUUGAUUAUGUAUCUUUUUUUGUGCUUCCGGAUGUGGACGAGCUUUAGCUUUUUUCCAACGUUCGAAGAUUUUUCCGCCUGGAUAUUCAGUCGAUGGCAUCGAGUGGCCAUCCUUGGGUGCAUUUUAACAGAAUUUUUCGUCGUCUCUGUUAUGCUUUUUGUUGACAUUCCCACUUUUGCUUUCGAAGUUAUUGUUCAGUAUUUAUUGUUCAGUCGCGGCCCGUUUUUUCCUUUGGAAGCCGAGACUAUUUUAUUCUGCACCUGCGAACAGUUUGUGAUAUUAAAUAUGUUGUGGAAGAAA